GCGGUGACAAGAAGCCAUCGAGACUUUUGCGGUCAUCGAAUAGGAGCGUAACUGUUGGGGUUCCUGGCGUCGUGGGAUCAUGUUGGGGGCAUGGGUUUCACUGGAGAACGGUGUCUUUUCACUCCGACACCGAGAUUAACCUGAGGUUAUUGAUAAUUCCGCUGAAUGGCGUGCCGGAUUCUGCAUCUGCAGCGCCAGACGGCGCGCAACAGGCGCGGCUUCCAAGCGGCUACCGCCGCCUUGCUGACUCGGUGCUGUUGGUGUGCGGCGCGCCCGGCCCGGGGAUUCUGGCCUGAGCCCAGCGGCCGUGACCAUGGUAACCGCGACCUCUCCGUACUUCGCCGCAGCUUCAGCGCCGGGCCCCAGCUGGCAGCAACCGAGCGUCGGCAGCCGCCAGUAAGCAGGACAGAGACGGUGCCCGAGCGGCAACCAGGCGCAGGUCGGGAUAUCGAGCGACGCCGGGCCAGCGCUGGACCGGCAGCCGCGGAUGUUAGGAGGUUGCUGGCUUUGGCCUACCCGCAGCGGUGGCCGCUUGCAGCUGCCGUGAGCUUUUUAGGUGUGUCCAGCAUGGUGACCAUGUCUGCACCAUUCUUUCUUGGAAAGGUUAUCGAUACCAUUUAUACAAAUCCUGCAGGAGGAGAUGUUACUGCAAGCUUGACUUCACUCUGUGCUGUACUAAGUGGUGUCUUUCUUUGUGGAGCUGCUGCCAAUGGUGCCCGUGUCUACCUCAUGCAGAUCUCAGGGCAGCAUAUUGUCCAGCGCUUGAGGGGAAGAUUAUUUUCUUCGAUUCUUUGUCAGGAGGUUGCGUUUUUCGAUAAGUCCAGCACAGGAGAGCUGAUAAACCGACUUUCAUCUGAUGCUGUUGUGCUUGGACACUCAGUCACUGAGAACUUGUCUGAUGGGCUAAGAGCUGUAGGGCAGGCAUCAGCUGGUGUUGGCAUGAUGUUUUGGGUCUCAUCGCAGUUGGCCAUGUUUGUCCUGGGCAUUAUACCCCCUGUCGCUGUGUUAGCGGUGUUUUAUGGACGAUACGUUCGCAAGCUUGCUGGAGUAACUCAGGAUUCACUAGCUGAUGCCACACAGCUUGCUGAAGAGCGCAUUGGAAAUAUAAGAACUGUCCGUGCCUUUGCCAAAGAGGACGUGGAGCUGCAAGUGUACAUGAGCAAGAUCAACCGUGUGCUGCACCUGGCCAAGAAAGAAGCUGUGGCCCGGGCAGGGUUUUAUGGGGCAGCUGGACUGACAGGAAACUUGAUAGUUUUGUCAGUGCUUUACAAGGGAGGACUGAUGAUGGGUGAAGCCCACAUGACAGUGGGAGAACUCACUUCCUUCAUGAUGUACGCUUUCUGGGUGGGAAUAAGUAUUGGAGGCCUUGGCGCUUUCUAUUCGGCUUUAAUGAAGGGACUUGGUGCCGGGAGUCGGUUAUGGGAGCUACUUGAAAGGAAACCGGCAAUGCCACUCCAUGAGGGCAAGAUUUUGCAACCAGAGGAGUUCAAAGGAGCCAUAGAGUUCCGUGGCAUCCAGUUUGCCUAUCCAACCCGCCAAGAAGUUAACGUAUUUAGCGGGCUAGAUCUGUCUAUCCCAGCAGGCUCUGUAAUGGCUGUAGUUGGUCCCAGUGGCUCAGGAAAAUCAACACUGGUGUCCCUGUUGCUUCGUCUGUAUGAUCCAGUUUUGGGUACUAUUGUUGUUGAUGGCCAUGACAUUCGCACCAUCAAUCCACGCUGGUUACGUGAAAACAUCGGUGUGGUGAAUCAGGAGCCCAUUCUGUUCUCCUGCUCGAUUGCAGAGAAUAUAGCUUAUGGUGCCACCAAGGACUCUAAUGUAACAAUGGAAGAUAUUGAAAAGGCUGCCAAGAUUGCAAAUGCUUAUGAGUUCAUUUGCAGCUUCCCCAAAGGCUUUCAAACAGUGGUCGGGGAAAAAGGUGUCUUACUUUCAGGUGGCCAGAAACAAAGGGUUGCAAUUGCUCGAGCUCUGAUGAAGAAUCCCAAAAUUCUACUACUGGAUGAGGCCACAAGUGCACUGGAUUCACAGAAUGAGUACUUGGUGCAAGAGGCUUUGGAGCGAUUGAUGGAAGGAAGAACGGUACUGAUCAUUGCCCAUCGUCUGUCAACUAUUCAGAACGCUGACGCUGUCGCUGUCCUGGAUCAGGGCAAGAUAGGCGAGUGUGGCCCACACCACCAACUGCUAACAAAUUCUGAAGGAUUGUUUCGAAAACUUGUUGAGAAACAGACUUUUUUACAGAACCUUCCAAGACUUGUGUUGAAGGUAUAAAUUUGCCUAAAUGUUGAUCACUCCAAACCAUUUUCCAAAAAAAAUAAAAUGACAAUUCCAGGUGAUGGGGAAAUGCUUUGGGUUCUGAUUGAUUAUGUGAUGGCUGGUAAGUAUAUUUUGCACAGUGAGAAUAUCGGAUUCCUUCAAUAGACUGGGGUGGACAAAAAAACAUGUUUGUUCUUGUUUCAUCCUAGAGUGGACUCCACUCAUUUCACAGUAGAUGGACCAUGCCAUUAUUUGCGUGAGUCAUGUCUUAAAUCUGUGUCCUUGAUGAAAAGAUUUUUGAUUGCCUAAGUUGUCCUUCUACAAAUGUUUCAUUAUUUUCUUUCUCCCUUAAAGUAAGAAAGGCCAAGAGUUGGUAAUAACUUUUCCCAGGUGAUCCAUAGGAUAUAAAGCUCAGCACUGAGAAAACGUGAUCGUCUGUGUAUGUUGUGGAAUUUAAAAGUAUGGCCGUAUGUUUAUCAUUAAUUACAACUGUUUAAUUUUUCAAUCAUAGUUUAUAAAUAUAUAGAUUUUGAAAUCAUGCAUGUGUUCCUUAGCUAUGGCAAUUUUACAACAAAUUAAAAAUGAUCAUCUUAGAA